AUGUCACACGGAUACGCAAUAAAUCGUCGUGCUCCAACUGAUACUACUUCUAUAGCUCCUCCAAGUGCUGCAGAAACAACACUUCUUUCAGAUGACGAGCCAGUAAGCUCAGAUGGAAAAACAUUAGCACCUUUUAACUCUUAG